AUAUAACAGGACGGAGGGGUGCAGUAGUGAACUACUGGGAUCCAUGUUCCCAAUUUUUCACUCUUUCAUCAAAUACGAUAAAGAACAUUUUUAGUAAUGACGACUACAGGACUUUUGUCCCUUCGGCUUGCCGUCCGUUGCUACAGUGAUUAAGAUGCUAAACGGGCUUCUCCAGAUUAGCCUUCCAACCUGGAGUACAGAGAGUGGGUGGAUUACAGAUACAUUUAUUAACAAACCUGUGGGUGACAUUAUUUUUUAAACAUGUCGUCAGUUUUAGACGCGCUCUGGGAAGACAGAGACGUAAGAUUCGACAUAACGGCUCAGCAGAUGAAAACUCGUCCUGGAGAGGUUCUUAUUGACUGUCUGGACUCCAUAGAAGACACGAAAGGAAACAACGGAGACAGGGGACGUCUGUUAGUAACAAACCUGAGGAUUAUAUGGCACUCACUGGCCCUUCCAAGAGUUAAUUUAUCUGUUGGCUACAACUCAAUUAUUAAUAUCACAACCAGAACAGCUAACUCAAAACUGAGAGGCCAAACUGAAGCUCUCUAUAUCUUAACCAAAUCCAACAAUACACGGUUUGAAUUCAUUUUCACAAAUGUGGUUCCAGGAAGUCCCCGGCUGUUUACCUCCGUCAUUGCUGUACACAGGGCCUAUGAGACGUCAAAAAUGUACAGGGACCUGAAACUGCGUGCUGCUCUCAUUCAAAAUAAACAGCUGAGACUGUUGCCGAGGGAGCAGGUCUAUGACAAAAUAAAUGGAGUUUGGAAUUUAUCCAGUGAUCAGGGUAAUCUUGGUACGUUCUUUAUCACCAAUGUCCGGGUCGUGUGGCAUGCUAACAUGAAUGAAAGCUUCAAUGUUAGCAUUCCUUACCUUCAGAUUUGGUCAAUAAGAAUUAGAGACUCAAAGUUUGGCUUGGCCUUGGUGAUAGAGAGUUCACGUCAGAGUGGUGGUUAUGUGCUUGGAUUUAAAAUUGACCCCGUGGAUAAACUCCAAGAUGCCCUGAAGGAAAUCAACUCCUUACACAAGGUUUACUCCGUUAACCCCAUCUUUGGAGUGGACUACGAAAUGGAAGAAAAGCCGCAGCCACUUGAUGAGCUCACAGUGGAGCAGCUUCCAGAUGAUGUGGAAAUUGAGCCUGAUGAGCAGACAGAUGCGUUCACAGCCUAUUUUGCAGAUGGUAACAAGCAACAAGAUCGGGAACCAGUUUUCUCAGAGGAGCUGGGCCUUGCCAUUGAAAAACUCAAGGACAACUUCACACUUAAUGGUCUGUGGGAGGUCAUGGGCUGAAGCAAAAUGUGUUUCUGUCUAUGUUUCUGUAAAAACUUCUUUUGGCUUAAUCUUUUAAAAAACAAUGUUUUAGGGGAUACUGUAAAUAAAAAUAUUUUGUGGCACUUGUUGAAAUUUAUAAAACAGUUUGAACCAUAACAAAUUA